ACUCAAACCCCAUCGGAGAAAGAGCGAGAGCGCAGAGACUAGGAAACGCAACUCCAGCGCAGCAGUGAAAAACCCAACUUAUUUAUUUAAAGCGCGGAUGCGGAAAAAAAAAACACGGAACGCGCCUAUAGGCUGAUUCCUCGUCUGAUGAAACAAGUUGGGUUUCUGAAAUGGCAUGAGGUGUUUCUGCGGUCAUCACAGUGAAAGCUUCACUAGCCGGAGGACGAAAGGCGGCUCAGUUCAUGAGGGUGAGAGAGUACAGGUCAUAUUUCCCGUCUCUCUCGGAUCGCUUUACUUGCUCGCAGACAAGGCCCGGGAAUGGUCUUCUCCAGCAGCUAAUGUCAAGACUGGAUCUAUUCAAAUAACAUUGUUUUUAUAAAAUAACAUUUUUUUCUUACAAUAAGUUUGCUUCUCCUGACGUUUUUUUAAAUAUAUAAUUGAAGGGUCCCAGAACUCCGCGGCGAUGGGGGAACAGCCGAUCUUCACCACACGGGCCCAUGUCUUCCAGAUCGACCCGACCACCAAGAAGAACUGGGUCCCGGCCAGCAAGCAGGCGGUCACCGUGUCGUACUUCUACGACUCGACGCGCAACAGCUACCGCAUCAUCAGCGUGGAUGGCUCCAAGGUAGGGGUGAUCAUCAACAGCACCAUCACCCCGAACAUGACCUUCACCAAGACCUCCCAGAAGUUUGGCCAGUGGGCUGACAGCAGAGCCAACACUGUGUUUGGACUCGGGUUCGCAUCCGAGCAGCAGCUGGCCAAGUUUGCUGAGAAGUUCCAGGAAGUGAAGGAAGCAGCUAAGUUAGCCAGGGACAAGUCUCAGGAGAAGAUGGAGACGUCGAGUAACCAUUCCCAGGAGUCAGGUCGUGAGACUCCCUCGUCCACCCAGGCCUCUAGUAUCAACGGGACAGAUGAUGAGAAGAUCUCCCAUGGAGGACCAGAGACCGCCGCGCUGAUCACUGAGAACGACAGGCUGAAGACAGCAGUGGAGCAGAGUAACGCCAAUGCUAAGAAGUGGGAGACAGAACUCCAGACUCUGCGGGAAAGCAACGCACGGCUGGUGGAUGCGUUGACUGAGUCCUCCGCUAAUGUGGAAAGCUGGAAGAAACAGCUCAACAGCUGCAAGGAGGAGAGCGAAACUCUCAGGGAAAAGAUAUCGGAGUUAGAGGCUCAGUGUGCAGAGGCCAGCGCGGAGAAGGAGAGAAAUGCCCAGCUAUCUGCACGAGUUCAGGAACUGGAGACAGAACUGCAGGACAAGGAACAGGAACUGGAAAACCUGAGGAAGCAGGCAGAGAUCAUCCCUCAGCUGAUGGCAGAGUGUGAGAGUAUCACUGAGAAACUACAGGCAGCUGAUGUAAAGAACAAAGACCUGGAGGAGAGAAUAGGAGGUCUCCAGGCUGACAUUGAGGACAGCCAGUCGAAGCAGGGCAACAUGAAAGGAGAGCUGAAGAAGUUCAUGGACAUCCUGGAUGGGAAGAUCGACGAGCUGCACGAGUUCAGACAGGGCCUCUCCAGACUAGGAGUAGAUAACUGAGGGGAGGCUGAGGAGAUGGGAGGUGGAGGGGAUGAAGACUUGGAGAUGAAGGGUUUGUGAACACCUUCAGUGCGGGACUCUGUGCCAUCCACUUCCCCAAAGUGGCGCACUUAAACAAUCAGCUAUAAACACACUGGAGCACGGGGUUUGGGGGGGCGGUGGGAGGGGUGGACUGGGGGGUUCAGAUCUUUGUUCUAAUUCUAGAACAGGGUUCUAAGGUUCUGUCUGUCAUUUCCACAGGCUGACAGUUCCGUACUGACAAUCUGAACUAAUAGGGGAUAGGGAAGGGUUUACAAGGGCUACAUGUAUGAGGGAAAAAAGGUACAAAAAACCCCAUAAAAAAACAAAUGUGUGACAGCAACACUUAAGUAAUAAUGACAUCUUAUCCUACUGGCCUCUUUGAAAUUAGCUAAAUAGAUUUUUAAGAGACUCCAUAAUAUUGUUGCUUCAUGUUGAUCUCAGGUGUGUUUGGAGACAGUUCGUUACUCAUAAGUUAAUAUGCACAUACAUGACAAAAUCAUGAUGCGUAUACACAAUGACACGUAUGUACAUGACACCCAGGUGUCAUCAAGUGCCUCAGGAGAACCGGCCAAAACCAGACCAUAACCAUAGUAACACAAGUAAACAUUUCCAUGAGAAAAUUUUAAAUUAGUAUGGAAUCCAUGAGUGUGUCGUUGUCAACAGGACAAAAACAAAACUUAUCUGACAAAAUAGAUGAGAAAGGGGAAAAAAAGGGGAGAAAAGCUUGUUUGAAACGGUAAUUAAACAGGAAAGGCCAACUGUUUUGGGGUUGACGAAACCAACCUGUGUCCACUGGAUGUUGUCAGCGAUGAGCCCCUAGGCCAUAACGAUGAAACUGUGAAGGAGGUCAAACGAUCCGAUAUGUGGUUCAACAACAGUGACAACAACAAGGUUUGAGGGGUUUCACUACACACUGGCCAGGUGCUUUGAAUCCAAAGUCAUUCUGCAGGAUUGUAAUGUGCGUAACGGACAGCAGGCCUCCUUAGCAAUGUGAACAGAGGAAACUGAUGGGAUGUUACACUCCACGUAGGCAGAGGAGCCCAACACUGCUAGACAACCCAUUUGUGACAAGUGCAAUGUUUUGAUGAGGAUUUUGCAUGUACGAUACUUAUUUCUGUCAGUUUCGUAGGAGAAAAGUACGAAGUACGUCUUUACACUCCUUUGUUUUUUCGUGUAGGAUAUGUGCUUCCCUAAUCACACCUGUGGUCGGUGGUGGUAUUGUAGGGGGACUUGGGAUGGUGGUUGUUGCAGUUAGCUGGGUGAGCUGUGAGCUGAGACUGUGAAUGGAUACUUUUAAACAUGCAGGUUGUAUGGUUUGGGCCUUCCAUGAUUACCCUAUGAGAUUUCUUUAUUUCAUGUUGAGAUUUUAUUUUAAUUUGCAGAUUUCUUCGUUGGUGCCUGUUUCUCUAGAAGUAUAUAAGAACAACGUUACCUUUUACAUCUGGAUGUUUCUCUACGGAUAAAUUUACCAUUUUUUUUCUGGGCUCAGAACUUUUAUAUACUAUUUUGGGAGCGGGUGUGAUGUGACAAAUACAAUAACAGUUCCUCUGUUUUAUAAAAAUGUGACGAGGUCUACCUUUUUAGAAUGCAGAAAUGUUGUGACGAGCUGGAUUUGAAUAUUGUACUCCCUUUUCACUGAGGAAAUCAAAAUGGACAUUUUGUGUAGGGGUGUCUGUGACAAACACUAUAUAGUGUAUAUGUUUCUAUCACUGUUUGAGAAAUGGUUUGAUGAGACGGGAGAGUAUCAGCCAGGUUCAACAGCCCCUGUGUAACGGUCACUUACUGUGUCAAGGCAGACUUCUUCCAACAGGGUCGUUUGAACCAGAACAAAAUGACCACCUUCUUUCCCCUCAAUCAAAUGACUCUUCUCCACAUUUGUGACUCCAGUUCAAUAUUGUACCACAUAGAAUUGAGACCUGUUAAAAUAUAGUUUAAGUACAAAUAUGUUGUGUUUUCUUUCUUUUUUCCCCCCACUUGUACCUCUCAAUAACUGAGUGCUAAAGAGCAUUGUGCCCAGUGUGUAACUGUAGUGCUGUGGGUCUGUGUAAAAACUAGCCUUGUCUCUGAUCUGUAUUUGUUUCUCAUGUGGCUAGUUUGGUAAUAAGACAGACCGUAGGCCAUCGGCAAGACCACACCUAACGGUUCGAGCAUCAGACCAGUAAAUUGAAGUCUGUUAGAUUCAAUAGCUCAGCUGGUAAAACGCGGGCCUCGCAACACCAAGGCCUUGGGUUAAGAUCAUAUGGGUGGCUAGUAGAGUCACUUACUACUGUAAGUCUCUGAUUACAUUUCUCUCCCGGAGGAAACCGUUAACCCAAAGUGUUCCCUGGGGUUCGUUGUGUCAGCGCCCUGCUCUUCCUGGGUUCGUGGGUUGAAUAAAAUAUUUCUCCUGACAAAUACCAACUGUAACUCUUAGGAACUGAUGAUCAGUUGACAAGCUGAACUAAUUGUACCAUCUCUCAGAAGGCAGACAGGCACGGCUGUUGGUGUUCCUGUAGGUGGGUGAACUACAAACUAUGUGACAAGAAUGCUGUUGAUGAAUAAGAAUUCUCUAGAAUAAUGGAGGUUGGGAUUCUGUGCUGCUCGGGAUUCUUCUCAACAUGUUUACAUACUACCGUACAAUACUUCCUGUUCUCUUUAUGUGUUGAUGAUUUUAAAUGAGUCAUUUAGCAGAUGUUCUUAUUCAGGAUGGUGCCUAUGGGAGUGGUAUUGCAAGAAAUGGAUUGUGUUUUAUUUUCUGUUUACAAAUACAUAGGAAUACACUUGA